CUCCUCUCAAUUGUUUCUGCAGCCUUCAGCCUCUCUCUAUAAAGCCACCUUUCCCUCCCUUUCUCUCACCCUCAAAGUAAGAGAAUAGCAGAAGAUUAAUUGCUUGAUCAUCCAGCAUGUCGAGCCGCCGGAGCAGGAUAACAGAAGAUGAGAUCAAUGAGCUCAUCUCCAAGCUCCAAUCUCUCCUCCCCGAGUCCCGGCGGCGAUCCCUCGGCCGGGCAUCAGCGUCCAAGCUGCUCAAGGAAACCUGCAAUUACAUCAAAAAUUUACACCGAGAAGUUGACGAUCUAAGCGAACGGCUGUCGGGGCUGAUGGACAAUAUGGAGAUGAAUAGCUUUGAGGCCGAGAUCGUCCGAAGCCUCUUGCGAUCUUGAGCUCCAUCACCGAUCAGUUAUAUAUGAAUUAACGGUGUUCUAUAUGUUAAAUUAAGUAAUUGUAAGUUAGGGUUUAGGCGUGCUUUGAGCUGUACAUUAUGAAUAUUAUGGGGCUUGGCUUGAGUUGUUUAGGCUACUUAAUGGCAACCGAGCGGCUUCAUCUUCUCCUGUAGAACUAUUAUGGCUUUCUACUAUUUAAUG